AUGGAAGCUAGUGUGAAACGGUAUAUACGUAGCGAAUCGGCGAGCUGUGCUCACAUGGUGGAAGAGAACACCGCGAACAAUAGAAAGAGUGCUGAUCCACAUGAGAAGUUGAAGGCCUUACUCAAUUCCCCUGAAGACGACACAGACGAUACUCUCCCGCCGUCUGAUGCACCAAAAUUCGGCACCGUCAUUCAUAAUAGGAUUUUUGUGGGGGGUUUCUCCUUGACCACUACUGAUGAAGAUCUUUGGAAGUUCUUCUCGGGCUUUGCGACUGUCACCGCUGCGAGGGUCAUCUACGACAGAGCAGGUGUAUCAAAAUGCUACGGUUUUGUAACGUUUGCCAGUCCUCGGGUAGCAAGAUUGAUAGUAAAGCAGAGUGGAGGAGUCAUGUUCUCACCGUUAGGCCGCCUUAGAGUUGCUCAAGCUGUGAGAAAGCAGAUAAGCCAAAUCCCAGUCCUAGCAUCUGAGGCGGCCCCGCUUCAAGCACCACUGUGUUACCAGCUCAUCUGCCCGCCUCUCGCACCCCUGCCUACUUGCGCUCCGUGUGAGAUACCACCUCCGCCGUACGCUGUGUAUCCGCUACCGUUUGAUACCACACCAGCUAUCUACGCUCCUCCAACUCAGUAUGCACUGCUACCAGCGCCAUACAGCACGGCGUGCUGCGAGCCGACCUGCUGCGCGCCGCUGGACAAACAACCCCGUGUGCCAGCGCCACCACUUCACCCUGCGUUCAUUUAC